AUGGCCUUUCCUUUGUCAACUAUUCUCCAUAUGAUCCUCAUGUCAACAGAAUUCUUCCUAGGGAUUACAGUAAAUGGAUAUCUUAUCAUCAUGAACUGUACUGACCUGUUUAAAAGCAGAAAGCUCAAACCAUUGGAAAUCCUUUUACUCUGCAUAGGGAUAUCUAGAUUUGGCCUGCAGCUGAUGCUGAUGGUACAAAUAUUUUACUCUGUGUUCCUUCCAUUUGCUUAUGAUGAAACUAUCUUUACUGAAAACAUGAUGUUCUUUUGGAUGUUGUUCAGCACUAUCAGUCUCUGGUUUGCUGCUUGGCUUGCUCUAUUUUACUGCUUCAAAAUUUCUGGUUUCACUCACUCUUCUUUCCUUUGGCUGAAAUUCAGAAUUUCCAAGUUCAUACUUUGGUUACUUUGGGGCAGCUUGCUAGCCUCUUUGGGUACUGCAGCAACAAGUAUGAUGGUAGAGUUACCGAAAACUGAGUAUAAUGAUGUUUUCAGAAACACCACACUACAAAGGACUACAGCCAACACAGAGAAAAAUAAUGACUUACUUUUCGUAAACUUGAUGCUAUUUCUUCCUCUCUCCGUAUUUGUGGUGUGUACCUCUAUGCUGUUCAUCUCGCUUUACAAACACACCCAUCAGAUGCAAAGUGGACCUCAUGGAUUUUCAAAUGUCAAGACUGAAGCCCAUAUAAAGGCAUUAAGAACAAUAAUAACAUUCUUUUGCUUCUUUAUGUCUUAUUUUGCGGCCUUCAUGGCAAAUAUGACAUUUAGAAUUCCCUACAGAAGUAACCAGUUCUUUCUGAUAAAGGAAAUAAUGGCAGCCUUUCCUGCUGGUCAUUCAUUGAUACUCAUCAUGAGUAAUCCUAAGCUCCGAGAACCAUUCAGGAGAAUUCUCUGUUUCAAAAAGAAUCAAUAA